AUGGCUUUAAAUCACGAUCUCUGUAUGAUUCCUAUGUAUAGUUAUCGUCCACGUCUAUUAUUAAUGGGACUGAGAAGAAGUGGAAAAUCAAGUACAAAAAGAGUGGUAUUUCACAAGAUGCCUCCAAAUGAGACGCUUUUUCUUGAAUCAACAAAUCGAAUUAAUAAAGAUGAUAUAAAUUCAUUUAUUGAUUUUCAAGUCUGGGAUUUUCCAGGACAAAUUGAUUUUUUUGAUUCUACAUUUGAUCUUGAUGCUAUAUUUGGAGAAGUAGGGGCUUUAAUAUUUGUUGAUGAAUAUUUGGAAGCACUUUCUAAAUUACAUAUUACAAUAACAAAAGCAUUAGCAGUUAAUCCAAAUAUAAAUAUAGAAGUAUUUAUUCACAAAGUAGAUGUUCUUUCAGAUGAUUAUAAAAUUGAUACACAAAGAGAUAUACAACAAAGAGUUCUUGACGAACUUUUAGAUUCAGGAUUUGAUAAUGUCUCUAUAUCUUUUCAUUUAACAUCGAUAUUUGAUUAUUCUAUUUUCGAGGCAUUUUCCAGAGUGAUUCAAAAGCUUAUUCCUCAAUUACCAACAUUAGAAAAUCUUCUUAAUAUAUUUUGUUCAAAUUCUGUUAUUGAAAAAGCAUAUUUAUUUGACAUCUCAUCUAAAAUAUAUAUUGCUACUGAUAGUUCUCCUGUAGACGUACAAAGUUAUGAAAUUUGCUCUGAUUAUAUUGAUGUAAUUUUAGACGUUUUUGAAAUUUAUGGUUAUGAACGGAAAUAUAAUUCAAAUAACGAAAAUACUACAGAUGAAAGAGAAAUAUCAUCUGUAAUUCGUUUAAGUAACGGAAUGGCACUAUAUUUUCAUGAAAUCAACAGAUAUCUUGCUCUUGUUUGUCUCCUGCGCACAGAAAAUUUAGAAAAACAGAGCUUACUUGAAUAUAAUGUACAAUGUUUUAGUAAGGCUAUUGAACAAAUCAUACACCAAAUGACUUAUACCUGCACUUAA